UUUAACAGAUGAGGUUAAAUUUUUAUUAGAAAAUUAUCGGAAAUUCCAAUGUUUGUAACAGUCCGUAAUUCCUAGACCUCGUAAUCUAUGUCAGAAUUUAUCUAAAUGGUAAUAAAUUAGCUAAAGGAGCAGCAUUGAUGCUGCUGUCGGUUAACUAGCCAGUGAAUAAUGUGUAAACUAAUAUGUUUUGUUGUCCUAAUUCAUCUGAAUUUAAUAGUAGGACAGUACGAUAAUUUAACAUUGAUCUCAAAAAGUAGAACGGCAAACUUGGAAAUAUAUCAAGCCUUUGCCGAUGUAGUGUUGAUGAGCUUUUCUCUACCAGACAACACCAUUUAUGUAUCCUUUAAAUUCAUUGCCUCUGAGGAAGCUUUAACUGUAUUCGGUUGUGUUCCAAGAAACGUAUCUAUAUAUUUAAAACAUGGUGCCCCGCCAGUAAUCAAUCCUGAUGGAGCCCUAUUUCCAGAAGACUUUAGAAAUGUAUCAAGACCAGCUAUAUUUGAUGUGGAAUUUCAAACUGACAGAGAGGAGGUGUAUGUUAAUAUUACUUCCCCCGACCCUGGUGUAUAUUAUGCAGCAGUGUUUCUUGCCUAUGAGGAUCCUCGUUUCAAACAAAUAUCUCAGCAAGGCUUGACCAGAUCAUGUGAUGCAUUUGUAGAUGCUUCAGUUUAUGUUAAGCAAAUCGAUAAACCAAGCAUUAUUUCUGAACUCCAAACAGUAAAAGUCACUGGUGUAGCAAACAGUAGUAACUAUUUUACUAUCUAUGUGCCAAACAACGUGGACCAUGCUAUAAUUAAUGUACAAAGUAGCGAAAUCAACAGAGCAAUACUACGAACUCAGGCAAGGAAACCACCUUCAAAAACUAGCUAUAUCUUACAAGAAAAUAUAGAUAACUAUACAAUUAGUGCAGUAUUUUGGACAGAACCCCAUGUUUGGCAUUAUAUUCAAUUUGAAUUUGGUCCAAAUUCAGGCAGUUUAUCCUUUGAAGUUAAGUUCCUUUCUAGUCGAGUUUUAACAAGCUCUAGUAAUUCUUCUGUGUUACUUACUAAUAAAAUAACAGAUGUUUUAAGAUAUAAACAGUAUGACUUGGCUCGUGAGACAGCAGCAAGAAGUUUUACUUUUUCUUACAGACUUGGCUCUGAGUUACAAAACAACGUGCCUGUAGCUGUUAAUAUUACUUCAAACGAUUUUACAGUAUUAAGAUUUAAUUUACGGAAAGGUACCGAUAUUGGUGGUACUUUACAGUAUAUUUUGGCAUUUAAACCUAGAAUUACUCGGUCAGGAAGAAUGAUAACCCUUGAGGAGGAGCCUGAAGGUAAUAUUGUGGUGGGGUGUAUUCAGAAAAAUUCAAUUUCUGUACCUAUUUUUCCUAAUUUAUGUUCAACACCUAAUUCUACUGUUCGAUCUCCGUUAAUUCUGAACAAAACAGCAGAUAACUCUACAGUCCUUGUUCCAUAUCCAGAAUCUGGUACUUGGUAUGCUUCUUUUAAGCUGUUUUGUGGAUCCUGUAUUCCUUGCAAUUGCUCAGAUGCUUGUGAACAGAAGUUCCAAAGCUGUGCAAAUGACUGUGAGAAAAGUUGUACAGCAAACAGUAGCUGUGCUAAUUGUUUUGACAGUUGUAAGCAAUCAGUUAUAAAAUUGCAAGAAUGUACUCAAUGUGACUGUGAUGGGGGAUGUUUAAAGAAAAAUGCAAGUGAUGUUUGCAACUCUAGUAUUAUUUUUGAUGUCAGCUCUAGGCCUUGUUAUUAUGGGGAUUGUGGGAAGCAGGGACAAUGCUUGAUGAUGGUGUCUGAAGGAACAGCAUAUUCAACAUGCUUGUGUUCAAAUAAUUAUAGAGGUUAUGACUGUUCUGAUGGAUCCCUAGCCACCCCCUACGGCAUGGUUCUUCUAGAAUUCCUCCUCUUAAUCCUAAGCAACAUUUUCUUCCUACCUGUAACCUAUCUAGCGUACCGAAGAAGGUACUACGUUGAAGCAGUAUCCUACUUUUGUAUAUUCCUCUCUUCAACAUUCUACCAUGCCUGCGACGCUGGCGAAAACAUUUUAAGUUUCUGCCUGUUCCGCUUAAGCACUCUACAAUUUGCUGACUUUUUCUCUGCAGUUUUAGCUAUUUGGCUGACAUUGUUAGCCAUGGCAGACCUACCUACGGUCCAACUAUCCAUACUACAAAUGGCGGGAUCCAUAAUCAUAGCUUUUUGUGUUACUUUGAACCGUUACGCAUUGUGGAUCUUUGCACUGCCAUCUAGCGUGGGAGUUGUGAUCAUAGGCGUGAGUUGGUAUUUAAAGUACCGCAAGUACAGGCAGAAAUUUAUUAUUAGUUCGUAUUUGUACGUCAAGUUGCCGAUAGGGAUCUCUGUGGUGAGUGUGGGGUUGAUAAUAUACGGGGUGUUGCAGACGCAGGCUAACUAUAAGUAUCUGCACUCGCUUUGGCAUAUUAUAAUGGCGGCCGGAGUGUUUUUCUUGUUGCCUACCAAUGAUACAUUCCAGGCUGAAGUAUUACUAUAAGCUAUGGCUUUUUUAGUCUGAUUCUCGUAUUUUUAGUUUAUUUUACUGAGUAAGUUUAAAAUCGUGGAAGUAUACCGUGUGAUUAAAUGGAAAUGACGUCAUCGUGGCUAAAGAAAUCUUUCAUCAAAUUUUUCAACAUUAGGGUGCGUCCAUAAGUUACAUGAGGAUCUGGCUUAAAAUGCCAAAUGGAACCUUUUUAAGCUAAAUGGAACCAUAUGAUUUUUAUGAAAUUCGAAAUUUUGAAGUGAAUGAAGUCACUGAAGUAAAAAAGUUCGUAUAAAUGUAUAUCCUAAAAUGCUUCGUUUAGGAGAUACAGGGUGUAGAGGUUUCAUUUUUAUUUCGAUUUUUUCCAAAUA